GUGAAGCAAGCUUUCUAGGGGGUGGACCUGUUCAGUUUGUGUCUUUAUUUUUAUUUCAAACGGAGAACACUUUGAAACCUUCCUUUUGGAGUAAACUAAAGUAACGAAGAUUCUAAGAUGGCUGAGCAACACGAAAGAGAAUGUGCUGUGUGCACCAAUGACUUCACCACACCAAAGAUUCUACCCUGUGGUCAUCUCCUGUGUCGACAAUGUGUCAUUUCCUGGAUGGACUCCAAAGCUGAUGCCGGGUGUCCGCUGUGUAGAUGUCCUAUAGUAGAGCAGUCAGAUAGAAGUUCGUCCGACACUGUUGACGCCCUGCCGACAGACUUUGUGAUGGAAGCGCUGGUGGAGAGCGCUCGUGUGCUGAGUAAAGAUCACCUUUGUUGUGUGUGUGAGGACGUCAGGGCGGACUUCAUCUGUAUGCAGUGUCAGGACAUGUUGUGUACAAUGUGUACAAAGGCUCACAGAAAACUUUCUGCCACCCGCAGUCACGAUGUGGAGAGUGUCAGCACUGUGACACCUGAACGUCUGGCUGCCAGCCGCCCUGCACUGUGUGCUGACCACGGCGACAAACAGGCGGAGUUCUUCUGCCGCGAGCACCGCCUCGCUGUCUGCUCAGCCUGUAAGGCUAACAAACACAUAGUAUGUCUAGAAACAAACUAUCUUGACAAUGAAAUAAAGUCAGUUCAAAAGUCACUUACCGACCUAACAAAAAAUCUGGCAGAAGCGGAGCAGAAGCUAGAGCAGGCUAUAGGUCGGCUGACGUCACGUCUACAGGAAGUUGAUGUUAGCGAACAAGAGGACAUGGCGCAAGUAGACAAGACAUGUGACCGUCUUCACAAGCUGGUGGAAGAUGUUUGUAACAAGUUGAAGGACAAGUGUCGCAAGCAACAUCUCAAAAUCAGGAAGUCGCUAUGUGACGUCAAGACAGGCCUUAGCUACCGUGUAGGGAAGGUGACGUCACACAAACACAUUGUGACGCGAGCGGUGGCAGUGUCACCACGUCCUGCACUGAUACACAUGACACAGGCUCUGACAGACAGGGUAAACAGCCUUGACCUCAGCGCUGACCUGCAAGGAGACGUGUGGGUGACGCCCUUGUCAAGUGUAGAGUGCUGUCAAGAUGUUGUGAGACGGAUAGAAGACGAGCUUCUUAUGUUGAAGAUAGAGCCAGAGUUGGACCCACAGCCACCAGUCCUGGUAAUCCACGACAACUGCGGAAAAAACAUUCGUCUGACGAACGGUAACAGGACCGCGGAGACGAUACAGCCGGAUGACUCCAUUGAUGGGGUGGUUGUGUCACGUGACCCUAUGUUAGAGAACGUCUUGUAUGAAGUCAGAGUGGACUCAGUAACAGAUGUGUACAACAAUCUAUCACUGGGUGUGACAAGAAUUUCUCCUGCACACCUCCCUGUGACACAGUGGUGUACAUACCUGCAACACUCCGUUAUCAUCAGGCCCGGUCGGGUCCUCCGCCAGGGAGAACGUAUGAGGAUACCGCUCAGAAACAAACUCAUGAGACUUCAAGUCGGGAGUCGAGUCGGGGUACUGGUGACCUCAUCCAACGACCUUCACCUCUACAUCAACGGACAGGACCAGGGCGUUGUAGCAAAAAAUAUUACACAACCCUUGUUUGCUCUCUUUAGUAUUGGCAGAUCAGUUACUAAGGUGACAGCCCUUCCUACAUCUAUGAGAACAUAAAGAAUAUCAGAGAACAAGAAGACUGAGACAGUCAAUCGAGAAUAUUUUUUGUGAAUGACGUUGGCACCAACUUGAGCGUUGACAUUAGAAAUGAGAGCUUCAGUUAAUUGUUUCGUCAACCUGUUUACUAUGGAAAAACAAGAAGAGUACAAAUUGUUUUUCAGUAUGAUUUUUUCCUGCUGAAAUGCAUUAACAAAUAAGAACAAUUUGAAGAGCUUUCCCCUUUCCCCCACACGUAAAAGGGAAAACAACUUCUUAGCAUUAAAAGAAGUCUGACUGCAUAUUAUUUAAGCACUACGAAAGAAGUAUACACAUAAGUGCUGCUGUAAAUUUGUUAAAUACCUUGAAUCGAACAUUGGCUUCUGGCUGUGUUCAUUAAAUUUAAAAAGACUGUUCAUAAAUUACUGUUCAUCGACAAUUAAAAGAAGUGUAAGCAAAGGUUUUUUUGGAACUGCUCCACUCGUCUUUUCCCGUUCCCCUCAUUCGGGAAGAAAGGAAUUAAAGGUAGUAGCAACUGACUGAUGUACUCAAGAAUAGAAGAUGAAAGAAGUUGGACUCUUUCAGGCGUGAAGUCUCUUUAAGUUUUUAUCCGUUUUUAUUUGCUUCUGCUACCCAAUAGGUAAAAUUAUUACUUAAGGUUUCUAUGCCUCUGAGUGAAGAAAAUGUUUUUAUCAAUUUAAAAAAAAAACUGUCAGGACUGUGUUGGUGAAUGAAGCACUUUCAUGAGACACUGUUUCGUAGCUCGCACCAAACACUUUUUGCUUUAGUUGGAUUUUGACUCAAUUUUGUGAAAAAUAAGUAAAUGUUUAGUAGGACAUAACAGUAGUUGAGAAAUGCACUGUACAGUGACCUGCAAUUUUUCUGUGGAAAGCGGCUGAACUGUGUCUUGCGGUGGCGGUGGUACAUUUGUGUUAGUAUCUGUUUUCUUCUGAUUCAAAAAAAGAUAAGAUAACCACUAAAAUACGAUCAAAGAAAAUCAAAAAGAGGAAACAGGGUACUAGCUUCAACGAUAGUAUGCUGAGCACUUCCACUCAAAACACUACAGAGCCUCAAAGAACAAAUCCAAUGUAACUGCCUGUUAGUCCAGGAAUGAACGUGUUAAUAGCAAAUGGACUUUUGUUAAUUUUUUUAAAGCGCGGAGGCACUAAAAUUCUGUCACAGGCACUUUAAUGUGUACUGAGCUCUGUCAAGUGUAAGAGCAGUGAGAUACAUGUCUGAUGUACUUAUGUUAUUGAUAUACUCAGGUGUGAUUCUAACAAGAGAAUGAAGCGACUUAAACUUUCAGUUAUCUGACAUAUCGAUGUUUAACUGAUUUCUUGGUGAUUUUGUG